AUGACUUCCACUCACCACAACACUGCUGCUUCUAUCACCUCUUUCAAGACUGUCGACGGUAAGGAGACUGCCUUGAAGUUUGACAACCUUGAGAACUACAAGAAACCCAAUUACUCAUUCUUGGGUGCUACCAUUGGAAGAUACGCCAAUCGUAUUUACGGAGGUGGAAUUGAGGUUCUUGGUAAGAAAUAUCCUCUUGAAAUCAACAACCCUGCCGCUGCUGCCACUCUCCAUGGUGGUGCUAAAGGUUGGGACAAAGAAGACUGGGAGGGUCCUGUUGUUUCAAAGGUCACUGAGAAUGGUGUUGAGAAGACCAAGACCGUCUACUCUCUCGUCUCCCCACACCUUGACCAAGGCUUCCCUGGUAAGGUCAAUGCCAAGACUAUCUAUACCAGUUAUGUCAUUGGUGAGAAGGCAUACUUAGAAUUAGAGUACGAGGCUGAAUUGGCUGAAGACACUCCUGUUGAUGAAACUGUUAUUUCUUUGACCAACCACAAUUUCUUUAACCCUGCUUUGAAGGACGACACUUAUGAGGGAACUGAAAUCAAGGUCUUCUCUAACCAAUACAUUGUUCAUGACGCCAAGACCUUUGCUCCUACGGGUGCUAUCGAGGACUUCCCUCUCAUCCCCAAGGAUUUGCCUUUCAUCACUCUCAAGAAGGAGGGUCCUUUCAUUGACCACUGUUUUGUUGUUCAACCUCAACAAGAAUUCACUAAGCUCGAUACUCGUGACAAGACUCCUUCUCUCCACGUCCACUUCCACCACCCUGAGACCAAGGUCAAUGUUCAAGUUCUUUCCACUGAGCCUGUUUUCCAAGUUUACACUGGUGAUUACAUGAACAUUCCUAAGUGGGAGGGUGAGUCUAGAGCUUUCCCUACCAGAUGUGGUCUUGCUUGUGAGCCUGCAAGAUUCACCAAUGCUGCUAACCGUCCUGAAUGGAGACCUUGGGUUACUCUCAAGAAGGGUGACAAAUAUGGUUCUAAGAUCGUCUAUGUCAACUGGGUUGGUGAGAAGGACGCUUAA